UCUAAAGAUUCUUUCGAAUUCUGAAUCCAUUUCAUUAUAAAUAGGAAGAAUCCCUUGAACACCUAAUUAAUAAUAACCAAACAAUUCAUGGCUUCUUUAACUUUUUCAACAUCGACCUUCCUAAGAAAUCCCAACUUAAUUUCCUUACCCCAAAAUCAAAAAUUAGCUCAUGUUAAUAAUUCUAGAGUAAUUGCAUGCAAAGGUGAUGAUCAUGAUCAUGAUCAUCACAAAAACCCUAGCACUAGAAGAGACGUUCUACUAGGUCUCGGUGGCCUAUAUGGCGCAACCACUUUCGGCAAUUCGUUAGCCUUGGCUAGCCCAGUCUCAGCCCCUGACCUAACCAACUGUGGCAAAGCUGACUUACCAACCGGUGCCAUACCCACAAAUUGUUGCCCUCCGAAAUCUACAACCAUCUUAGAUUUCAAACCACCUUCGAACCCUUUAUUGCGUAUCAGACCAGCAGCUCAUUUAGUUGAUGAACGCUACCUAGCUAAAUAUUCUAGAGCUGUUGAGCUCAUGAAAGCUCUACCCGAUGAUGAUCCACGUAGCUUUAAGCAGCAAGCUAAUGUUCAUUGUGCUUAUUGUGAUGGUGCUCAUGAUCAAGUAGGGUUUCCAAAUUUAGACCUUCAAGUUCAUAAUUGUUGGCUUUUUUUUCCUUUUCAUAGAUAUUAUCUUUAUUUCCAUGAAAGAAUCUUGGGUAAAUUGAUUGAUGAUCCGACUUUUGCUUUGCCUUACUGGAACUGGGAUUCUCCGGCCGGCAUGCAAAUGCCGGCCAUGUAUGCUAACCCUAAAUCUCCACUCUAUGAUCGGUUCCGUAACAAGAAUCACCAACCUCCGACACUACUCGAUCUUGAUUAUAACGGAACCGAAAACCCUAGUUCGAAGCAAGAACAAUUAUCUAGCAAUCUUACUAUUAUGUAUAGACAAAUGGUUUCUAAUAGCAAGACUGCUAGUCUUUUUCUCGGCAGUCCUUACCGCGCGGGCGACGAACCUGAACCUGGGGCCGGCUCCAUUGAGAAUAUCCCGCACGGUCCGGUUCAUAUCUGGUGUGGAGAUAACACUCAACCAAAUCGUGAAAACAUGGGAAAUUUCUACUCAGCUGCUAGAGAUCCAAUCUUUUUCGGUCAUCACUCUAACGUUGAUCGAAUGUGGACAAUUUGGAAAACCCUAGGAGGCAACAGAAGAACUGAGUUCACUAACUCGGAUUGGCUCAACGCAGAAUUUCUUUUUUAUGAUGAGAACGCGAAUCCGGUUCGUGUUAAGGUUAGAGAUUGCCUUGACACUAAAAAACUCGGGUAUACUUAUCAAGAAGUUGAUGUUCCAUGGCUUAAUUCUAAGCCAAGACCAAGAAAAUUAUCCAAGAAAGUGGCGGAUAAUAGAAAUUUUGGUCAGGUGGCACUUGCAGCUGAAAUAAAGAACUCGACACCAAUUAGGUCAGCUAACUCAUUUCCAUUAACAUUAAACAAAACCAUCACUACUUUGGUUAAAAGGCCGAAGAAAUCAAGAACCAAGAAUGAAAAAGAAGACGAAGAGGAGAUUUUGGUGAUAAAUGGGAUAGAAUUAGAGAACGAUUCAGUUGUGAAAUUUGAUGUGUAUGUUAAUGAUGAAGAUGAUCUACUUGCUACUCGGCCGGAUAAUUCCGAGUUCGCCGGCAGUUUUGUGAAUGUUCCUCGUAAGCAUAAACAUGGCAAGAAAAUGAAGACGUGUUUGAGAUUAGGGCUUACUGAUUUGUUGGAGGAUUUAGGAGCUGAAGAUGAUGAUAGCGUUGUUGUAGCUUUGGUUCCUAGAUCUGGUAAAGGUGUUAAAAUUGGUGGCAUCAAGAUUGAGUUUACUCGAGAUUAAUCAUAUAAAUAAAAGUUUUUUCUAUGUAUUCUUUAAUCUUAUCAUAAAUAUUUAUGGUUGGACUAUGUCAUUUUCCAAAUCA